AUGGCCAGGGCCAAGGGACACACGCAGUGCUGGAUCGAGCUGCCGCAGCGCUGGCACUGGCGCCUGUACAUCACCGUCGUGUUCCUGGCGCUGUUCGCGCUGCCCGCCCUCAUCAUCUCCACCUGCUACACCGUCAUCGUGUGCACCAUCUGGAACAAGAGCCACGGCAUGGCGGGGCCACGGCGCCGGCCGCGCAGAGGCGCCGGCGAGGGCGGCAUGCAGCGCGCGCUGAUGUCGGGCCCGCUGCUGAAGCGCGUCAAGAGCGUUCCCUCGCGCUGGGGCUGCACCGACUCGGCCGCGGGGACGGGGCCGGCGGUGCUGGACGGCUCGCUGGCCUCUGUGCCCGCGAGGACGGGCUCCAAGGGGAGCUCGCGGAGCCGGGGGCCGGGCUCGGGCCACCGCGGCUCGCACGUCAACUCGUUCCGAACGCGCCCCUUCACGUCGGCGGCGACGGCCUGCUCGCAGGCGGGCAGCUUCCACAGCGGGCCUCCCAGGGACGAGUCCGACUGCCGGCGAGCCUCCUCCCGGGGCAUCAUCCCCCGCGCCAAGAUCAAGACCGUCAAGAUGACGCUCGUCAUCGUGUUCGUGUUCGUGCUCUGCUGGAGUCCGUACUUCGUGCUCAACCUGCUGCAGGUGUACGACGGCAUCCCGCGCACGCAGACCAACAUCGCCGUGGCCUCCUUCGUGCAGAGCCUCGCCCCGCUCAACUCCGCGGCCAACCCGCUCAUCUAUUGUCUGUUCUCGACGCACAUCUGCCGCACGCUCAGGAAGGUGCCGCCCUUCACGUGGGUGCUGGCGCUCAGGGAGUCGCCCGCCGCGGUCCCGGACCACAACUCCGGUGCGACGGAGACGGUCACGCACCUGGGCACCUCGCCGUGCCGCCGCGCCGCCCUGCACCGCCACCACGUCACCAUACGGAUAGCCGGGCCCCGCGCGCCCAGCGUCGCCAUCUCGGCCGUCUAGUCGUGCUUAGUCUCAAACUGAAGCCAUCUAUUUUUAUCCUAUUGUUUACUGCUAAUAAUCGUUUUAGAGGCAUCUGUGAUUUUUUGUUUUGUUUUCAUAAUCGGUAAUAAAAAUGCAUGAAGAUGCUGCUUCAGGCGGACAACUUUCUGGCAGCUAGAGAUAGGGAAUUUCAUACACAGGGUACUUGGCAACCCAUAGUAUAAGACUCAAAGAUCAGUACGUCGGCACCAAGGGGUGUGUGGGUAUCGAAGUUAUAUGAGUGUUUGUUUUACGCAGGGUUUUUUAAUUGCAUUAUUAUUUAUUUAUUUAUUUAUUUAUUCGAACUUAAUGUUAAUAUUUAUUAUACCUUGCAAAUACACAUAGAAUAAGUUUUCGGGUGUAAUUGAUGACACGUCUCGUUUGUGAGGGAUUAAAUGCUUCAAUACCUUUUAAAUUACGUAAUUUGUAGUCUUACAUUCUAGUCUUUUCAAAGGAAAAAAAUGUACUAACGAUGAAACGAUGAAUAAUUUGCUAAUAAUAAAACCAGCCCUAUUGUUUUGUA